UAUCCGGCACAGUCUGACCUAGUCACUGCUUUAAAAUUACAACCCACCCAAUCCUUCCCUCCAACCCACAUCUGGUGAACUUCACACAGUCUGUAAGACAUGACUUCAGUGCAGCCACGUCAAGGACUAAACGAAAUCAGCCGCAAUGACUUCAGAGAUCUGUAUAGAAGGGAAAUUCUAUAAUCGUUCUCUGCGCAAAUGUGAGCUUUGUGAGAAUAACUAUGAAAUCAAAGAAGGUUACGAAUUUUCUGAAAACUGCGGGUGGUCCGACGAGCAACAGCAGACUAAGACACCCUACAGAGCAUGCAGAAGCGGGACAUUUAACGAUGGGUCUCUAGUCAAAUGCCAAAAGUGUCGCUCUUGUCCUCCGCCACAGUUUACUGCAUCUGAGUGCAAAACAAACUCUGAUGCCAUCUGCUGUAAACAAGGAGAGCAGUUUUCUGACGGAAAAUGUAUCCCUCAACCGUCGCAGACCACAAGGAUGACAGUAAUAACGACUGCGAAAUCGACUGUCCUCAUAACAAGAUCUGUUGCCAGCUCAAGCCCAACGCCAAGCCCUCAAAUCUUUCCAGACCCCUCCCCAAGCCCCGAAAACUAUAUUCCAAGCACACACAGCUUAAUGCCGAACCCCUCUCCAAGUUCAACUGAAGGGUCUCGUUCACAUUUCAUAGGCAUCUAUGCAUGUUUUGGGAUUUUUUCAUCUUUUAUGCUGGUUUGUCUCUUUCUGUUCAUCAGGAGGAGGACUAAAUCUUUCAACAAAGAGUUAAAAAAAUGCUGUGAUGGAACAAGUCAUGAAAGCCUGUCCAAAAGGGGCAUUACCAGAUAUGAACAGGCCAUCUCAUACAACAUAAUCAACGAGGGUCAUAACGAGCACGCAACUGGAUUGUCGCACCUAUUAGCACCUGAGGUCCAUGGUGCACCUCUAAAAACGGUGCUGAACAACUUGGAUGUUCUUGAGGAGCUUGUGUUGGUAUUAGACCCUGACAUUUCUGGCGCCAAGAACACUCGACACCUUGCUGCCCAGUGCUCCUUUUCCUUUGCCUGGAUAAAUUAUGCAUAUUCCAUGAAGGACCACAAAAGCCCCCUUGUUGCCGUUUUGGAGGGUGUCGUCACCAAGAACCCAGACUGGACAGUCGGCCACCUCGCUGAGUUGCUAACUGCUAUCGGCCGUAACGAUGCAGUGGAGAUUUUGGCGAAGCUUCCUGCAGGUGUAUAAGAAGAAUUCAUGCAAUAUUUAAGAACACAGAGCAGUAAUUUACUUAUUAUACUGUAUUGUUGAUCUCCUAAGUGAAUUUGUAUGAUCUGCUUACACCUCAGUGAGGGUUAAUGCUUAGCAUUUCUAAAAAUUGCAUAUUGUAGUGCACAAUUAUACAAAAUCGGCAAAUUGGAAAUGGAUUUCUUAUAAGAUUGUUUAAUUUCCCCUAUAUAUAAGUUCAGUAUUAAGUAACAGUGGUUGAUGCAUGCAGUGCUUGAAUAAUGUACAUAGAUUGACCGUCCAGGACAGGGUUCCUCAAAUCUUGCCUUGAGGUCCAAUGCGCUGCAGAGAUUAGCUCCAACCCUGAUCAAAGACACCUGACUGCGAUUUUCUAAUGAUCCCAAAGACAUUGGUUAGCAUGCUCAGGUGUGUUUUAUUAGGUGUAGAGCUAAACUCUGCAGGAAAGUCAAUCUCAAGGUCCAGAUUUGAGGAUCCCUGGUCUAGGAUGUGAACAGUACACUUUAUACAAUGGAUAACAUCUGGAGUCCAUCUGGAAGCAUUUAGAAUCAAAUACAAGACAUGUUUUGUGGUUUCCCACAAAUGUUCUACCAUUUCAGCUCCAUACUAGUAUGUUACACAUUUAGUUGAUUAUAGCCUAUAACUGCAUGACACUUUAGAAACUCUUUUUUUUUUUUUUUAAUUACUAGAAUUCAAGAAAACGAAGAGUCUUUUUUUUCCUCUGAUCUUUUUAUAAAUCAUGUAAUCUUUUUAUAUAUCGGGUCAUAAAUCUUGGAAAUUUAGAAUUGCUGGUGGACCAAUAUUCCAAGCAUUCGAUUUCUUGACAGGAUUUUGCCACAAACACUUUCUGAAAGCAGUGUAUCAGUUAUUAGAAGUGUAUAAUUGAUUAUUUUGUAUGGUCAACACAAAGAUCACAAUAAAUCUUGAACUUUGUUCAAA